UCUCAAGCCGGUUGUCAGUCCACAAACCGGUUUGGCAGUGACGACAGCUCCAGUGAUACCAAAGUGCUGAGUAGUGUUUAGUUUUCAAUGGAUUGUACUAUAAUGAGUGAAAUGGAGGAGAAGCCUUACAGUGUUGACAGUUCUGAUGAUAUCAACAUUGAGGAGGAAGAAGAGGAACAUGUUGAGGAGAACCACAGCUAUCCACCGGACUUCCCGAUCGAAGCUCUGGUGAAGCUUGAGCGUCCGUCACCGCCGCUGCCGACGCCGCCGCAUACGCCCACAGACGACACGCCCCCCGCCGUCGUCAUCUCCCGCCACCAACCCUGGACCCCUCCUCAACCCUACCCGUACCCCCGACCCGCCAUGCAACCCUACCCCUACGACAAAGUCCCAGUCGCAAACUACUCACACCCUGCGAUGUCGGCCUACGUCCAAGCUCAAGUCGCAACGCUACCACCGUCCGCCCCUUACCACGCGAUGCUCGUCAAUCAGUGGAUCCGAAACGCUGCCCUGUAUCAUCAUUCCCUACGAUACCCCGGCGUAAUGGCCCAAAGAAUGCCUGGACGCAACCCACCUCCUUUACGUGCCCCUGGAAUUCCUGGCACUAGACCGAAAAAACAAUUCAUUUGCAAAUAUUGCAAUCGACAAUUCACAAAAUCCUAUAAUCUAUUGAUCCACGAAAGAACGCAUACGGACGAAAGACCAUACUCGUGUGACAUCUGCGGGAAAGCCUUCAGGAGACAAGACCACCUCAGAGAUCACAGGUAUAUCCAUUCAAAGGAGAAGCCGUUUAAAUGUACGGAAUGUGGCAAAGGGUUCUGCCAAUCCAGGACAUUGGCGGUGCACAAAAUUUUGCACAUGGAAGAAUCUCCGCACAAAUGUCCGGUGUGCAACAAAAGUUUCAACCAAAGAUCUAACUUGAAGACACACCUUCUGACACACAGUGAAGCGAGUAAACAUCACUUGGACCAUCUAGAAGGUUGUCAAGAAGUUUCUUCAACAAGUCAGGUUGCCGAUAGCUCUCUUUUGGAUCUCUCACACAAACCGUCGCCGCCCCCGGCUCAACAUUAUCCCCAACCAGAAGUCAGUCCCCAACAAUCACCUGUUGAUGGACCCAAAAGAACCUUAGGGUUUUCAAUAGAAGAUAUUAUGAAACGUUAGUCGUAGGGCUAAAUACAUUUUAGGUUCACUUUUGAUCUUGAUAUGCAUUAGACUUGUAAAUACAGUACAGUAAAUCGCACUUCAUUAAAAUCAUCAAAUAUUCGAAUAAUUUUCUAAACGAUACAUCAUAUUUUGUCAUGCUGUGCUACUUAUUUACAUUUUGCCAAAGAUUAUAUCAUCGACUGAUUACUAGAAUUUCUUUAUCUACAUGCCAAUGUUGACACAUUUUCAUAAUGAUUCACUUUUGAUUAGUAUGCUUUAAAUUUAUUUUUUUUUUUACUCAAUCUUUUCCUUUCAGUAUUAAAAGAUUUUGUUCAAAAUUUACAAUUACAUAGUUCGAUCUUCUGUCAAUGCUGUAAAGACUGAAUUUAUUAUUUUGUUGUUAUGUUUUUUAAAGAUUUUAUUUAUUGUGAUAGUUGUUGUUUUAGGCUUAUGUUAAUGGUUGACUAAAGUUACCGAAAAGUAUUACCUGUAUUUGUAAGUCAUUUCAUUCCAAAUUUGUGGCUAUGACAUCGAUCAGAUAUUCACAGUACAGAAACUUUAUGUAAAUGUUAAGUAUAAUUAAUUUAAGGAUUACAUGUAAAUUUUUGUAAAUAAUAUUUCUGUAAGUUAUAUUAAGUUAAUUUCAUGA